AUGCGGGGAUGCUGGGCGCGCAGCAUCUGCGGCGAUAGCGAAACUCGAAUUCCCGUUUUUUUUCAUCGUUUCUACAGUGCUUCUUUUACACUCUUCUUCCGCACACACCGUGUUAACCGUCUGUUGGCCGGUGAUGGGUGGUCGUCUCCUCCUGAAGCUCUUGAACGCCUUAAAUCUCAAGAAAUAUGGUUUCCUCCACCUCAGUUUUAUGAAUUUUGUAGGCUGUGCAACUUCUCUUCGCUCCAUGAGCUGCACAAGUUCAGCUGGGACCGAGCUCUGGAGGGAUGUGAGCGCUGGAUGCCAGUGAUGCUGACAGCUUCCGAUGGCUUCAUUCAGCUGCUGCCAGGAGAUGAGUUGUAUCCGGAAGAUCCAGAUUAUACAGGAGAAAAGAAAGUAGUUAUGUCAACAGAUAAGAAGGUGGAAGAUCUCAUGAAAGAGGGUAGUGUAUUUCACAGGAUAGUGAUCAAAAGCACCAACAAUCUUGCUGUCUAUGUUAAUAUUGAAGCAAAAUACAAGCACGUGAAUCCAGUGAUGAGAAACAGUGACGGUUCAGAUUACAACAGCAGAUUAUAA